AUGGAUGUGCUGCACGAGAUCCCGUGGUGCGCUAUUUAUCUCGAGACAGACAAUGCAAUUGUAGGUAUGCAGCGUUUCCUUGCGUCGACGCACUGUCCACGAUUUUCCGGGGAUCUGGGGGCAGAAGGAUCAAGUAUGCGCAGACAACUCAGUUCAUCCACCCAGAAUCAGGCGUCCUGCGUACUGGCGUCAGCUUAUCUCGCCUUCCCGCUUCGUGCUCGCUCGUCCUCUCCCUGCUGCUUCGCCGCUGUCCGCUCCUAUAGCCGCCUCGACUUGCUGUCCUUCGCCAUGACCUUCCGAGAUCGCGUCCGGAAGGUCUUUCGCCGUUCCUCCUCCGCUAAGGAGAGCAGCAAUGGCAAGCCCAAGGUCGAGUACUACCGACGCGGCGAGGUCCCCCGCUCCAAGUAUCGCGGGCCUGUCGAUCCCGAACACCGGCGCCAAUUGUACGCCUGGAACUUUGCUGCUGCCACAGUCGACCGUCGUCGUUCCUUCGAUCUGGACCUGUCGCCGUGCACCAGUAUUCCCGACAACGGGCGCAGCACCGAGGAGGAGGUGACGGAGACCGAGCCCGAGGUCGAGAGGCGACGGCUGAGUGUGCCUGGAGGAGGUGCUAUUACUGUCUCCCACCACGAGGUGGCUCCCUCGAGAUCUGUCGACGCGGUGUCGCAAUCCUCCACGGCGGUCGCCUCGGAUAGCUACGGCUCGUCGGUACUGACCUUGAAAGAGAGCUCAGAUUGGCCCCUGACCAAGAAAGACGGGCUGAAGUCGCUGAAGGAGGCGCUGUGGUAUACCUCGCCCAUCAGGCGGCGGACAUCGGCUCCUGAGAAACAGCUGCCGUUUGCACCGGAGGACCUGAGCCGCGCGUUGAACGCCGUCCAGAUCUGUUCGUAA